AUGGGCAUGAAACUAGAAAUAGCCCGUAAUACCUGUGGCUUAGCGCUAAGUUCCGGUGGAACCAUUGUUAUAGUUAAGGUUAGUGUUGGGGUUAAGUUUAGGACCAGAACUAGGGUUGGGGUUAAAGUUAAUUAGGGUUCCACUUGAAGUUUGGGUUUGGGUCAGGACACGGAAAUGAAUGCCCUUCCUGGAAUUGAGCGCAAGAGCACUUGUGUAUGAGUGCAAGAGCGUUCCUAUGCCAGUGUCCUCCCAAAGCGCAUAUAAGAUAUCCUCCCCAAAAGUGGUUUACUAUAAUUUCGGAGGUAGAUCUUACGUGGUUUCGAUCAAAAUCAAUAGACGUGCUGGAACAAACGUCAAAAGACAGAUCCUAAAAGGACUAUCAAGGUUCACAAGCAAGACGACUGAUCCUAAAUUUAGAGUAGUAUUUCCUCCCCCAGAAGUCCUGCCUCUGAGGAUCUCAGGCGUGAUCUUGAACAGAAAACCUGAUAACCAUUGUUCUAGACCUCUUGAAGUAGUUCGAAAAUACCCCAAAUUCUUGGCGUAUUAAGACACUUCAUGGAUCUGCAUUCAAUUUCACCAUGUCUUUUGCAAAUGUCAAGCAAUUUAGAAGUCUUAAAUAUCUCCUGCUGCAUGGUACUUAGAAAUGUCCCAGAAGCAAUUUACACAAAUAAGUAAAUAAAAAAUUCAAUGUUUUUAGAAACGGGAAGCUUAACAUUCUCUUCCUGGUGGUCUUUUGGACCUGAAGCUGCCUUUGGCAGCAAGAUAUUAUUGUUGGGUUCACCGACUGUGAACCGGAAAAGUCGGAUUGACAAGAGUCCUCUCGUAACCAUCUAAUCCGGAUAAUUAUACCCUGCCUCGCGUCCCUAAAUGGCCUCAGAAUGCUGCCCGUUUUCAUGGCAAAAAGGUUCGGGGUGGAUAAGAAGCUUGCAGCUGUAUAUCCUACCCUCGAUUCUUCAGAACACCCUGCCCGUGUUACAUGUGGACUUUGUGCAGGAUAGGCGACCGUUGCCCGACCAAGACGCUCCAGAUGCUCGCUAAAAUUCUACAAAUAUUAGAUAUUUUCUUUCCAAAAACCGGCCUACUGCAAUAGUGAAACCAUGAAAAUGACCAAAAACCUGUAGCGUCUGGGUAAUACAUAUGUGUGUAUUAGUUCAUGCCUAGGGUGUAGGGGUGUCAAGUUAGGGACAUCCGUGCAUGGGUGGAAGGUCGAGCCACGCAAAAGGUGGCUGUGUUGCAGACAGCCAUCACGGCUAUGUCUGGUGUCCUUUUCCAAGGCCUCCCCCUGCAACCACAACAUAAGCCUUUUAAACAUCACCCCUCGGCGAAUGCAGCACACCAAUUCUACACCCGUUCAGCUUGCCCCACAAAUCUACAAAAGAAGCUUCUAAGAUUCUCUAGGGAACUCUCAGGUAUGGCUGGACAAAGUGAAAACCAGCCCUGAACUCGCUAGCGGCCACUUACUUCUGAGAGGACAAUCCCGGGUUCUGUAUACAAUAAACUCCCCAUGCUGGUGUCUCCUGCCUUCUCUUUACAAGUCGGGAUUUAACCUGAUGUUUGUAGCGCUCCAAGUACAUAUUCUCAUCGCUUAGUCGCUACAACUGCUCCUCACGGUCCUCAAUUGGCACCCAACCCUCAUUUGUGAGCCCCGAAGCUAGACUCUGUCCAUUGACCACACCCCGGCAACCACCUAGACUGGCGGGUCAAUGUUGUGUAUAUCCUCAAACCCGGUAAUCCUGCGCCCAUCCUUCCCUCCCCUCCCCUCCCCCUCCCCCUCACCCACCCCUCUCUUUCCCAACCCUUCCACUUCGAAAGCCCUCCGGAGAGGGUGACGAACAAUUAUGUAGGCGGCCCAGUAUAACCCGGGUCGUUCUCCCACCAAACCAAGCCGUGACUCAUUAUGGAGUUCGGCAGCCGUUUGGGAUGUCCAAACGGCUAUACUUAGGAACAGAACUACUUACUCCCUCGCGGGAGAAGUGGGUAGCAAAGAUGCCCUAGACAAAUACUGAGAAACCACACCAUCUGCGAGUAUACUGUGGCUUGUAGAUGUAAAACCCGCUGUUGUAUCCAGCUGGUCAAAGUUUGGAAUUCUCCACACCCUCUUCGCAAGUGCUUCCACGUUUGGCCGCUGUUGACAUUAUCCUUCCCCCUUUUUGUAACCCUCUUUCGAGCGUGAUCGAGCGGUGUUCGAGUUGCUUGAGCAGUAACAAAGGAAUUCUUUGUCUAGAGUAUUCAUUGUUGAGGUUUGUACGUUUUUUAUUAUUACCUUAUUCCACCAAUAGUACCGUAUAUACACCGAAAUUUGUUUUGGCCUAUACGCGUGACUCGAUUUACCAAGAAUUCUACGCUCGCUUUAAAAAUACAACAGUGAGCAAAAACAACAACAACCCUUGUGCCCAUACCCUUCGUCUCAACCCACAGGCCGCUAUAAUGAGUCGGCCCAUCCUGGCAGUCCGAAACGUUCAUUCCCUUCUGGGCAAUCCGCGGAGCAAACAGCUGGGAAAGAGGACUGCGCUAGUGGCUCGGGAGCUGGCUCGCUACAAGGUGGACAUUGCUGCCCUCAGAGAGACCAGCCUCUCCAAACAAGCCCACCUGGAGGAGGUGGAUGCCGGCUGCAUCGUUUAG